CUCCCUAGAAGUUGGCACAGGGGACUCAGUUCUGUUGAUAUAUUUGAGUUGGUUUCUUUUUUUUCUUUCUUCGUCAUGCUCUUUCCGACGUGGUGCUAAUGCGUAUGUUGAUUACGCAUGAGCAAGACAACCAAAGCAUACUGUACACAGUAACGCACGGGUACAAGAAUAGCCGGUUAUUCAUCUGUUAAUAGAAUAACGAAUAGCAAGUUUACCGUGUUGCACAGUGAAUUCCAAUCAAAAUGGUGUCAAAAAGGCUGCUUCUGAGGUUUAUUACCGUUGUAAUUAUUGUUGCAUUGUUUCUUAUUAUGUUGGAUGUCUCUGUUCCUUAUUUAAGAAGAGUUGCAGAAGAUCAAAAGAUCACAGGUUCAUGGGGUAAUCAACUAAAAUGGAGCGAAAAGUUUGAACAAAGCGACAAGAUCAUAAGAAGUCUACAACACCAAAUUCAAGAUUUGGAAAGCGCUCUGGAAACAAAGAAAUCUCAGUUAAUCAAGAUAGAAGAACAAAAGGAGGAAAUUUCUACAGAAGAAAGCAACCCUUUAUACAUGGAUGGUGAUAAAGUUUUGCAUUUUCUUCAUGAACAGAUUUCAAAGGCGAGAGUUUUAAAAGGGCAACGUCUUAGAAAUGAAUAUUCAGUGAAUGAGUUUCGAAUGUUUGACAGGACUUUUGUGUAUAAGAUGGAUUUGGGGUUGAAGCAGAGACCCCAAGACGUGAUCUCGUCUCGAUACGACUGGAAUUCCGAGUUUCCCGGUGUGAUUAACUUUGGGGUGGAAAGUUUAAACAGUGGUGGGCGUCGCCUUGAGGUCACGCCUACUUACCGGUUCACUGAAAAAGAUUUUGUACAUGGUUUAUCACGAACAGAAGCAGGCAUGGGUGUUCACUAUGAGCUUGUAUACAAACCAAUAUCAAGUGCCAACCUACCCAAAGAUAUAAAGCUUUUUUACGUGACUGUAUUUCGACCACUGGCUCCACCCAAAGCCAUUCAAACCAGGUCAUCACCCACCAGUGAAACUGUUCACUUUAUUGUUCCUUUACAGAACAGAAUUGACACUUUCCAGAUGUUCAUGAAAUAUUUUGACGACACAAUACAAGUGGACCACAACGUUCACUUAACUGUUGUUUACUUUGGAAAAGUUGGUCUCUAUUCUUUAAAUCAGGAUAUGGAAGAAUUUCGCAAUAAAACCGGUUUUACCCAGUUUAGUGUGGUCAGUGUUUUGAACGAAGAAUUCAGUCGUGGAAAAGCAUUGCAAAAAGGCGUCAAUUCUCUCACAGUGAAAAAUCCACUUCUGUUUUUCUGUGACAUUGACAUUGCAUUUUCGCCAGAAUUUUUGACCCAGUGUAGGUCACAUAGCCAAGCAGGAGUUUCAGUCUUCUACCCUGUAGUAUUCAGCUUAUACAACCCAAAUGUUGUCUUUGAUAAAGACAAGGUGCCCGAAUUACGUGACAGACAAGUUAUUAAAAACAACUAUGGAUUUUGGAGGGAUUUCGGUUUUGGAAUGACUUGUCAGUACAAGUCUGAUUUUGUGGAAAUAGGUGGUUUUGAUCUAAACAUACGUGGAUGGGGAACGGAAGACUCUUUGUUAUACAGAAAGUUUUCUCAAAGCAAUCUACAAGUUAUACGAACACCAGUGAACACAUUAUUUCAUCAUUGGCAUCCUAAGGAAUGUGAUGCAUCUUGGGCUAAAGAACAAUAUGAAUCAUGUUUAAAAUCUCGUGCGAGAACUGAGGGCUCCAUGAAAGACCUUGGUCUGCUUUACUUUAAAAUGAAAGAAAGUCUUGAAAAGAAAGACUCAUAAAACAGCAUCUUUUAAAAUACUUGACACUGUGAACACUUUUAUUGGUGUUUUUAUUCAAACACAAAUACAGUAUGAUUGGGUUGUAGUUGCGGGCAGUGCAAUGCCUUUUUAAAGUUGCUUUAGAUUUUGUUUAAAAAUUACAAAUACAGUAUAACUGGUAUGUAGUUGCGGGCAGUGCAAUGCCUUUUUUAGUUGCUUUUGAUUUCAUUUUGAACUGACCAUUUUUUCUUAAUCGUGACUGUUUCUUCGGCAGUAUGUUUCUGUAAUUAAAUAAAUUUGUAUAUUGUUUCA